AUGAGGCAUGCAUGUCUGUGUGGAGAAGCGCACUCACCACAUCAGUGCGCCAGGUUCCCUACACCUGAGGCUCGCCGAAUGGAAGCCAAGCGCCAGAGAAUGUGCUGGAAAUGUUUCGAUAAAACUCAUGGGUCGAGAUCAUGCACAGCAAUGGGACCAUGUCCAAAAUGCAAAGAGGAUCAUCAUGCUUCACUAUGCAUAACAUCGAGAAGUGGUUUGGAAUCUACGAGCUCGUACAAUCGAAGGCAAAACCCACCGCCAAACUCCACUCAGCAAGGAGCUGCAAGGGUUCCGUUUCCAUCACAAGCCAACCGCUUUAGACAGCCAACACAAAGAAAUAACAAUCAACCGAGAGAAACAAAUAGGGUGCAAACAUUGCACGCUGCUCCUGUUGGAAACGUCACUACAGAGUCCGAACGACCGGUAUCCGGACAAUGUGUGCUGCAAAUGGCAUCCGCGUUGAUCUUCAAUGAAGCCAACGAGGAAUAUCAACCAAUUACUAUUCUCCUCGAUUCAGGAGCUCAAAGAAGCUUCAUAAAAACAGAGACAAGAGAUAAAUUAAAGCUGCCAACAAUGAGCUCCAUAUCAUUCACCACGACAGGGAUGGGAGAGCUUCAAGAAACGUUCAAUUCACAUGAAGUGAAAGUGACCUUAAAAGGGUUACACAGCUUUAGAAAACUGCAACGUCUGUCGGUUUUCACCAAAGAGAAGCUGACGUCGACCACCAAAACUGCUCUACUAUCGGAAGCCGACAAAAGCUUCAUCAAAAGGGAGAAAAUCAUGGUCGCCCAGCAAAGUCUCCGUCCGUCAGAAGUUUCCCCUGAUCUACUCAUUGGACAGGACCUUCUGAACCAAGUGAUUGAACACUACAAUCCGGUAAUGAAGCUACCAUCAGGAUUAGUUCUCACACCAACAGUCUUUGGCUAUACCAUUUCUGGUGCUAGCGGUACAUUUGGUCCUAUGAAUGAAAACGGUGACACACAGUGUAGUUCGCUCAUUGUAGCUACACCUGUGACGCUAUCAAACGACAACUACAAAAAGGAUAUAAAGCACCUUUAUGAGUUGGAAUCGCUCGGUAUCAACACCCAGAACGAUACGGACGAGGCGGCAGUCAUAAAGUUCAUGGACAACUACCGGAAGACCAUUGUCAUAGAAAACGGCAACAUCACUGCUGGAUUUCCCUUCACUGAUGAGCACAUCGAAGGGUCAGAGUCGGACAUAGCUCAAGAACUAUCUAGGUCACUUUAUGUCGACAAUGUUCUUCUAGAAGGGACAAGUGCAGAAGACCUACUUCACAAAUACGCCGAGUCCAAGAAACUAUUUUCGUCGGUGGGAAUGAAUCUUCGUGAUUACCUCUCCAACUCUCCAAACGUCAAUAAGAGGAUACCAGAAGCUGACAGAACAGCCACCACCGAAGUCAAAGUUCUCGGAAUACUAUGGAAUUCUGUGGAGGAUACGAUAUCACUCAAAUGUUGCGAGAAACGCUUCGAUAAGAUUUCAAAGCGAACGAUAAAAUCCUACAUCAGUGGAUUCGAAAUUACCUUACCACGAAAGGUCGCGGAAAAGUCACCAAACAACACGAUGUCAGUCUUCGUAGAUAGCUCUAAACGUGCGUAUGCCUGCUGCAUCUACGUAACGUCGACUACCAACAAAGGAACGUCGGAGUCACGACUUUUCACGGCAAAAUCGAAAAUCGCUCCCAUAAAAAAGGAGCAGACUAUACCUCGCCUCGAACUUCUUUCUAUAUUCAUCGGACUAAGUCUUGCCGAAUCAACUAUCCAGAAGACCAACAUGGAAUUCAAACAGAUUAAUAUCUUCAGCGACUCAACAAUAGCUCUGUGCUGGAUACAAGGGACUAGGCGCCUGCCAUCAAUAGUAACAACACUUGUCCAGAAAAUAAGCCUGAUCUGGAAGAGACUUCAAGAAUCCAGCAGCGUUUCUUUCUUUCAUGUGCCAACGCAGGAGAAUAUAGCAGACUGCGCCACCCGAGGCGUAAUCAAAGACAAUUUCGUCAACCAUCGGUGGUGGUGUGGUCCAAUUUGGCUCAACAUGCCAGCGAAGAAAUGGCCUGUGAAGAACGCGGAUGAACUGUAUGAGCAAAACCCCGAUAGCGAAGAAAUACACUCUUGCGCGGCCAACACCGUUACAACGACAGUGAUAUGGCCAACGGAAAACAUCAGCAACUACCUCAAGCUGAUACGAAUUGUUGCCUAUUCGGCCCGUUUCAUUCGUAAGAUAACGAAGGGGAAAUGCUUGCCUCUCAGCACAACUGGAUUACAAACAAAUGCAAUAUCUGUGGAAGAAGUCGUCCAGGCCGAAAAGCUCAUCAUUCGACAAGAGCAAGCAGUAUAUGGCUCCGCACUGUUAACUCAAAACAAGCAAAUCAACGUUAAAGCCGACAAGGACGGUAUAUACAGGAAAUUUGGAAGGCUUGAAAAUGCGGAACUCAGUUUUUCGGCGGCUAAUCCUGUUGAAAGUGUUGUCAACUCGCGACCGCUUACCACAAUCGGAGACCAGGACACACCAUGUGAAGCCUUACGCCCGAUUGACUUCAUUUAUAAAGAUGUGCGGCACGGAACAACCCAGCUCACGUCGGAAGACCACGACGGAGAUCCAGAUUUCCAAGUUCUCCCGGAACUUCCAUCUCAAAAGGCUGCAAAACUAGCAAUAUCAGCGACAGAAAAGCUAACGAAGAAUCAUUGGAAAGAAGACCAAGAUCACCUAGAUCAGCAACCACGCAUAGGAGACGUUGUACUCCUCGACGACGAUUCGCAACUGUCAAGAGGACAAUGGCCAAUGGCCUUGAUUACUGAUCUUAUCACGAGCAGAGACGGGGAAAUUCGGAGCGCUAUGCUACAAACUUCAACAGGAAGAAUUGUGCACAGGCCGAUCAAUCGUCUCAUUCCUCUGGAAAUACACUCUUCGACUCGUUCUUCAGAUGAUCAAACUGAUGAAUCUUCAACAAUCGCAAAAAGAACUCGGAAAAAGACGUCAUCCAGAACAGCAAAGGAAGCUGGCGUGGUCACCAGACAACAACCGCCAAGAGCCUCAAAAAAUCAGGUUUCUUACAACGGAUCAAGAAACGAACCCAAGAGCAGCAAGUCGAGCUCAUCUACGCUCCUGAUGAUCGCCAUGUGUUCACUUGCAUUACUCAAUUCAGCUUCUGCGGCUGCAAUAUCCUGCUCUAACAAAGGAGCAAAAAUUAACACAACGCUAUCUGCAAAGGCGGAACUCUGCAUAAAUUACAAAGAAUGCACCGUCAUCCCAGCAGACGCAAACAUAACGGAAGUCGCCUUCCCAUUCGAGCAUCUCGUCAGCCAACAUACUAUUCAGUGGCGGACCAUCGUCGAUUCCAGGCAAUAUACAGAAACGAUAGUCUGUCCACCGGGCGACGUCUGCCAAAGAAAUCAACUGCAUCAUAUGCACAGAAUUUUUUGGGAACCCUCACUGCGCUCCUCUUGGAAACGACGUGGUAGGAUAUCUCUGCAGGCUAGGAUACCAACGCAACAGCCAAAGGAGAGCUUCACGAUGACCCGACUGUCUACGCUUCCUGCAAGUUCUAAAAUGAUCAUUUUCAGUAUCGUGAUGGUACAUCUAAUCGCUAUCGGAGAAACGUGUCAGUACACACAUACUCUGAACGCAAACAACACAGUUUGCUCUCGCUCAUCGUACAAAACCGACUGUCGUGAUGUACAGGAAGCUACCAUUACACCUGAGCCAAAAGAGACCUCAAGCUUGCUUUCGCCUUCGGAACGGGAACCAAACAAUAGGUAG